AUGCAAUUCUUGAAAAAUUAUUCACAACCACCAGAGAACAUUCUUACAGUCCUUUAUGAACUCGUACUAACUUGCGUUUACCAAAGGCAUUCAGGUAACAUACGUGCCGAUUUACAUCUCGUUCGCGACUACAACGUACAAGCCCGUAUCUAUGCGCAGGAUCAAGGGUUACCUGGACCUGAGCCCCUUCCUCUUCCACCUGUUGAAACCGAUAGUCACGGACACAGUCAUAGCCACGGACACAGUCACGACCAUGGUCAUAGUCAUGAUCAUGGUCAUAGUCACGGACAUAGUCAUGGUAGAAAAUUGAAGCAUGAUCAUGGACACUCACAUGCACAUGGUACUGGUGUUCCUGACACAUUGCCCGAAUCAGCAGCUCCUCCAAAACUUUCUGAAUCAGACAAGGUUGAAGGUAUCAUCAAAGAAAACGUGCUUCAUGGAUCGAUGGAACAGCCUGGUGGCUCGCUUGCUAAGGGGAUCAACGAAUCGCUAAAUGCCGUCAUAGGGAGUUUCGACUAA